AUGGACACCAACAAUAAUAACAACAACAACAACAACAAUACAUCAAUAACAACAUCAACAACGACAACAAUGACAACAACAACAACGACAGGAGGAGGGUCAUCAUUGGUCGAUGAGAACUUUAGAAAGGUGUUUGAUUAUGGCAGAUCAAUGUUGACAGACUUGGCAAGAAUUGAUGACAUGAUCAAUGCAUCGGAUGUAGUCAGUGAAUUGGAGAUUGUUAUGUUCUCAAGAAGAAUGACGUCGAGAUGUUCGGAACUGUCGACGCCCACACCAGGUCUGGCACACUCACCGGCCUCACAGAUCGAUCUGGCCGACACAAGCUUUGGCAUCGCGCGACAAUACAGCCACAAUCAACAGUUCAACAUUAUCAAGUGCAUCAUUGUGAACAUUACAAACAUCAUCAAUGGCAUGAAGACGUACAAUGGAGUGGCCCGCAAGGGUUCAUCACUGAGCUCGCUCAUUCCUCUCAAGAAGGAGUACCAUGAGCAGCGCAAACAGUUGAUCCAGCACUGGAAGGAGUUGAUCAUCUACGUGUCAGAGGUCAUGUGGCGCGUGCCCAGGAUAUACACGCCCAAGUCCACGUCUGGGUCAUCAUCACCACUGCAUCCUCUCACACCAUCCUCCUCUCUGUUAUCAAUACCCGCGUCUCCAAUAUCGGAGCUGGCCAUCACAUCGCCUGUCAUUGUGGCGGCGUCACCUUCACCAUGUCUAUCGCCAUCCCCAUCUCCAUCGCCAUCUCCAUCAUUGUUACCAUCGAACUGGCCACAUCAACUUGUCACAACAUCACUACCAACAUCGCCACGCAAGAUGACAGGAGGUCGUGGUAUGCCAUUGCCCAUCAACAACAACAACAGCAACACUGUGACACAACAACAACAACAACAACCACAAGCUACACUCUUUGAUGUACUUCAUCAAAUAAGACAAUCACUCUCCAAUCUCCUUUGGCAUCUCAAGAACUAUCAACGAAUACAAAUGAACAAGCAACAGCAACAACAACAACAUCAACAACAACCACAUCAGAUGCCCAAGCUUUCAGAAUCACCUGUUGGAGCAGGUGACUCAGCCAUUAAUCAACACCAUCACAGCCAUUUGAAUGAGUCUAGUCCUCAAGGAGGCUCACCAAGACCAUUGGGAACGAUAUAUAUUGAGACAACGAGAAGUCUUACACUCCCAACGCUCUGUCUCCAACUCCAAGAGACGACACAACAGCUCAACAUCAAGAUGGAGUCAACACUAUUUAUCACACUCAUCAAUGGUCUUGCCGUCCAGAGCCACAGUGAAAUGAUUGAAUCACUGACCAAAUGUAUAGAUAACUUCAAGUCACUGGUAUUCUCGGUCAAUAUCAAUGUCAAAGGUAUAUCCAAUCACUCCAUCAAGGCCAUUGAAUAUACCAACCUCAACAUCAUCUACAUCUACGACUUCGACUACUACUACGACAUCUUCAAGUACAAAGCAAACUCAAAAGAAUGCUUUGUCACCAACUAA